AACCGGGGCAAAAAUCAAGACAUGAAUGUGAUUCCUGCAUGGGAACGAGGGUACACCGGUCGCGGAGUUGUUGUAUCCAUCCUCGAUGAUGGUCUAGAGAAGGACCACCCAGACCUUAUGGCAAAUUAUGAUCCUGAUGCAAGUUAUGAUGUCAACGGCAAUGAUAAUGAUCCACAGCCAAGAUAUGAUUUUUCCAAUGAAAACAGGUAA